AUGGUCUAUUACGGCAAGAUCAGCCUUGGCUGCCAGCGCUGUCGCCAGCGAAAAGUCAAGGUAUACUCAUCCCAAGACUCAAAUGAUGCUCUGAGAGCUGCUAUCCAAGCUGUUGGAAUCGCUGGUCUGUUCAAUAUUUCACCGUCUCAAGGCAAUGAAGUUGAAUCUCAGAAGUUGCAUUGUCGGGCUAUAUCCGCUUUGCAGAAACUCUUCAAUGAUCCCGUCCAUGCAACUUCAGAUGCAACUCUCACAGCUGUGAUAUUGCUUGCUCUUUACGAGAUCGUCACCUUCCAGACGCAAGAGGAUUAUUGUUCAGAGUCCCUACUCCUGACAUCCAUGUCUUUAACACAUUUUGAAGGAGCUAUUGCUCUUCUCGAAUCUCGGGGACAGGCACAGUUUACCUAUGAGCGUGGAGGCCACCUACUGGGACAAGUAUGCACAAGAAUGAUCACGAUCUUGAAGCGUGGAGAGAAGGGAUUCCGCCAGAAUGGGAAUACAUGA